AUGAUGGAACGCAAUACUGAAUAUAUCAGUAAACUGAAAAGUAUUGACUUCACAAAGAUCGACUUCGAAUCAAUUCUGAAUAUAAUGAAGGAAGGUAUAAUUCUGCUCGGUAAACAUAUUGAACAUUGGAAACGCUUUUUGUCCNUGGGUAUUGCGGACGGAGCGUUGAUGACUGGUUUGCACAACGACGAUAUUUAUAUGGAUAUGUUGUACGAGCACAGUUACAUAACCAUCGAUAUUGCAAAGGCACUCAAUGAAAUGACUUCGACGUAUCUGCGCGUCUCAAACAAACACGUAUUUCCGCAUCUUAACGGUAUCACAAAACUGCUAGCACUUGAGGAUCCAAAAGAGAUCAACCAAGCCUUUAAACAACUAGCAGAGAACGCCAAAUACUCCACAGAGGAGCUAACGGCGAGUCUGCGUGAUGAUUACGAGCAGCAACGCAAAAGAGUCAAGGAUCGCGUAAAACAAAUAAGUUGCUAUGUGGACACUAUCAAGGAGGAUCCUGAUGUUAAGCAAGCAUUGGAAGAAAGUAAUGUUGAUAUUGAUAUACCUGAUUUUUAA